AUGUCUCCACCCCAGUCUCCUGCGAGCCCUGAUGGCGUCGCCCUCACUUGGAUCUUUGACCACUGUCUCCGCUACCCUGGAUCCUAUGAACUUCCUUUGAGAACCAUGUACACUCUCAACUGUAAUCCGACCAAGCAGCCCCUCCCAAACAACGAAACCGCCUUCACCCCCCGCAGCUCCACCUCCACUCGUUCAUCGGGCUCCUCGCAGGAUGGCAUUGAUGCCGCCGCCGAUUUUCGCUCCCAGCUCAUCAACCAAAUCGCCCGCCUGCCUUCCCAACCCUGCUCUCUUCCCCCAAGUUUUUUGACCUCCUUUCUCCGCCGCUGCUUCCCUGCUCAAUUGGAGUGCGUGGACUUUCCCCAGGCGUUGACGGCUCUUGAUUACAUCAAGGACCUGGAAACCCGCUGGAAGAAGGAGAUGUCUUCGGCGGUGCAGCGCCUGAAUAUCGAGCGUGAUGAUGCUGAGAACCCAGCCCUUUCGGAAUUGGCUCUCCAGUAUCCCGGCGUGAUGGCCUGGCUUGGGUCAAUCAACACGAAAGCUCGCAAGCUUGAGGCCUUGUACACUCAGAUUUACAUUGGCCUGCGUCGGUGGAUUCUCAUCAAUGACCUGCUUUUGGAACCUCAAAACAAGGUCAAUCAUAUUGCCAUGCUCAACACCCUCUACCCGCCUGUUUCUCCAUCCUCUGCGACUCCCACUCCUCAGUUGACCUACCAAAUACUCAAGAUGCACCGGGAUGCAUUCUUCCGUGUCAUUAACAAUGUUGAAAUUCGUGGCACCGAGUCCUUGUAUGCUAUCAUUCAGCAAGGCGCGCCUGAAGGCAAAGACAACUCCUGGCCCUUGGUUCACGACACCUUGGAGAAUUACCUCAACCUCGUCAACGAGGUCAUUGAUGAGUGCGUGUUGGUCAACGAACCGUCUCACUUGGAAGAAGCCGGUGCCCCGUACCGCAGCAAGAGCCGCAAGGUCGACUCUGGCUGUAGCUUUGGCUCUUCCGGCACCGAGAUCAGUGUUGCCGAAGGAGUCAUUGAUAAGCCCCUUCCCCAAUUUCCCCUUCCCAAGGACAAGGAGAGCAAAGGCUCUGUUCUUGAGCGCCUGGGCCGCGAAAUUCGAGCUCUGGGCCCCGCAGCGAAACUUCGCAACUUGAAGAAGAUGAAGUCCACCACUACGCUGGUUGCUCGGCCUGGUAGCCAGCAAAGCUCUGCACCGAGCUCCAUCUUCGAGAUCACUGAGGAGAAGCGUGAGCGUCUUAUUCGUGAUGCUUACAGCCGCAAGAACUCUCAAUCCCAUGUAUCCACCUCCGAUGGCUCUUGA